UGAGACUUUAAAGGUUUGCUGGCAGCGGGAAAGGGAUUUUUUUUUCCUUCCUCCCUGCUGGGGGAAAACAGUUCUAACGAGGAGCUAGCUACUUCGUAGUUUUAACUUAUACUCAAAUAUUCCUUGCCCAGAAGCUGCUGGUGAUCCCCGGGAGUUCUUUAUCAGGCUGGGGCUCCGAGGGGCUUUUCGCAGCUCAGCCCCAUCCUCAAAGCCUCACGGCAUGAGUUUGCAGAAGAGAAUCUUCCCUCGGAGGGAGAAUGGGCCCCAUGAAGUGGUGACCAAGCCCGGUCCGGUCACCACCCGCCACCCAAGGGCCACAGAUCAGGAGAAGAAGAAGGGCAGCCUUACUUCCUCUCUGAGGAUGGACCCGCACAGCCGUUCUGGAAAGAGCAGAAAAUCUACAAAGCUCCGGUCCAUCUCCCGGUCCCUGAUGCUCUGUAAUGCAAAGACCAGUGAUGACGGCUCAAGCCCCGAUGAGAAAUACCCCGAUCCCUUUGAGGUUUCCCUGGGACAGGGCAAGGAGGGGAUUUUCCACUCGUCUGUGCAGUUGGCGGACACGUCGGAGGCUGGGCCCAGCAGCAUUCCUGAUCUAGCGCUGGCCUCUGAGGCGGCUCACCUCCAAGCAGCUGCCGGUGAUCGAGGCAAGAGCUGUAGGAGGCUAUUCUUCAUGAAGGAAGCUUCCACAACUUCUUCCCGAGAAAGGUCUGGAAAAGUAGAAGUGCAAAGUAGUACCUUCCUGCUUCCCAAAGCCUGUCAUCAAAGGACACGCAGCAAUUCAACCAGUGUUAAUCCCUGCUGCACCGGAGAUACCGAUUUCCCGAUGAUCAAGAAAUCUGCAGCUUGCACAGACCGGCAGCCCUACUCCCUCUGCAGCAGCCGGAAGUCUCUCUCUCAACAGCUCGACUGUCCAGCAGGAAGGGCUGCCGGCACCUCGAGACCCGCACGGUCGCUCAGCACGGCUCAGCUCGCGCAGUCCUCGGGAGGCCUCCAGGCUUCCGUCAUUUCCAACGUCGUGCUGAUGAAAGGCCAGGCCAAGCCCUGUGCCACCCUCGGAUACCAUUUGUCUCUCCUACCCUGGGACACGCACCCUCACCAGAAGCCUAGAACAGUACCCCGUCCGCGGGGCUUCCCUGCCUGGUUCCCUACGGCAUCUGCGGAUGGGUGCCGGGCCGGCCAUGGCUCUGGCACGGGGGUGAUGCCCCCGAGCAGCGAGGCUCUUACAAUGGUAGCCAUGCCCGCGGGGUCCGUCCGGAAGCCAAGCUGUGAACCCCUGCCCGGCACGCCUGCAAGCUGGACCCAAAGACCCACUGCCACCUGGCACGUGUCUUGGCUCCAUGACGCACGUCACCUGAGCACUGGCACACCGGAUUUGUUCACUGCCUUCAGGGAGGGCCUGGGCUUCAGCAUCGUUGGGGGAAAGGACAGCAUUUAUGGCCCCAUCGGAAUUUACGUCAAAACUAUCUUUGCGGGGGGAGCAGCGGCAGCCGACGGAAGGCUGCAGGAAGGGGAUGAAAUUCUGGAACUCAACGGUGAAUCGAUGGCCGGACUCACACAUCAGGAUGCUUUGCAGAAGUUCAAGCAAGCCAAAAAAGGGCUCCUGACGCUCACGGUGAGAACCCGCCUGACGGCCCCCCACUCCCUGAGCAGCCACCUGUCUGCCCCGCUGUGCCGCUCCCUGAGCUCCAGCACCUGUACCACCAAGGACAGCGGCUCCUUCGGCUUGGACAGCCCCGCGCCCCCCUCCAGCACGGCCAAGCCCAACUACAGGGUCAUGGUGGAGGUCUCUCUGCAGAAAGAGGCUGGCGUGGGUCUGGGGAUCGGUCUGUGCAGUGUGCCCUACUUCCAGUGCAUCUCCGGCAUUUUUGUCCACACGCUCUCUCCCGGAUCUGUGGCACAUUUGGAUGGACGGCUCCGGUUCGGUGACGAGAUCGUGGAAAUCAAUGACUCCCCCGUGCGCUGCAUGACUCUCAAUGAAGUCUACGCGAUCCUGAGUCACUGCAGUCCCGGGCCGGUCCCCAUCAUCGUCAGCCGUCAUCCAGACCCACAGCCCCUGGACACCAGCAUUCUACUUUCUGCCUCUGUGGUUCUGACGACCCCAUGUACCUCACAUAAGUGGAAUCAUACGGUGUCUGAACUGCAACUCAAAGAAGCUGUGGCUCAGGCUGUGGAGAACGUCAAGUUUGGAAAGGAGAAGCAUCAGUGGAGUCUGGAAGGUGUCAAAAGGUUGGAGAGUAGCUGGCAUGGGCGGCCAACCUUGGAGAAGGACAGAGAGAAGAACUCAGCACCCCCGCAUCGCAGGGCUCAGAAGGUCAUGAUCCGCUCCAGCAGUGACAGCAGCUACAUGUCCGCGUCCCCCGGGGGGAGUCCUGGUAGCGGCUGCAGGCAGCAGUCUUCUGACCUGGAAGUCCCCACCCACAGCCCCAGCCUGUCCCUAGGGCAGGAGCAGACACUUCCCACGGCUCCUUCCGGGCCGCCCCAGGAGAGCCCACCCCUCCCUGGGACGCAGGACAGCCACCCGCCCCUGAAGCUGAAGAAAUCCUUCGAGAUUUUGGUGAGAAAGCCCACAGCCUCCAAGCCCAAGCCUCCGCCCAGAAAAUACUUUAAAAGUGACAGUGACCCUCAGAAGAGUCUGGAAGAGAGAGAGGACCGCCUAUGCCCUUCUGGGCACACCUCACCCACAUGUGGCCAGGAAGCCGGAGAGCAGCUGCCACCGCCACCAUUGCCACAGGAAGACUCGGCGGGGAGAGCCCCCCGCACCCUUGCCUGUUCCCCAGGGCCUGCGGCGGGCCCGCCGACGCCACCCUGCUCGGAGGCCGAGCCCGGGAGGAGAGGAGGCAGCCCAGGGAUUCAAACAUCCCCAGUCAAACAUCCACUCCUUAAGAGGCAGGCUCGAAUGGACUAUAGCCUUGAUAUCACCACUGAAGACCCCUGGGUUAGAAUUUCUGACUGCAUCAAAAACCUAUUUAGUCCCAUCAUGAGCGAGAACCACGGCCACAUGCCUCUGCCACCCAGCGUCGGUCUGGGUGAAGAAGACGGGGUGCGGGGCCACCCAGACGGGACGCCGCCCAAGCCGGAUGCCACGGGCGGUGCUCCCAAAGCUUACAAGUCGGUGGACAGCGGCACCGUGAAGAAGGGUCCCCCCGUGGCCCCCAAGCCAGCCUGGUUUCGCCAAAGCUUGAAAAGUUUGAGGACGCGUGCCCCGGAGCCGAGGCGGCUGCCUGAUGCGGCCUCCCCGGCCCAGCCGACCCCCGCGUCCCGGGAGCGCCCGGGGCCACCCACUCGGACCUUCUCCUCCUCCAUCCAACAGAGGAUCAGCUCCUUUGAAACCUUUGGCUCCUCGCAGCUGCCCAACAGAGGAACGCAGAGACUGAGCCUCCAGGCCUCCUGGGGGGAAGCGGCACAGGCUCCUGGGGAACAAGCAGGAGGACAGGUCGCUGGCCUCUCGGGCCGAGGGGCCGCCCCCACCGUCCAGUCGCCACCACCAGAGCAAGAGCACCUGCCGCGGGGCUCGCCCACCUCCUCCAAGACCCGUGAGCCCGGUGUGUCGGGGUGCCCUGUGCCAGGACGGCAGUCCAGUCAGAAAAGCCCCCUCCCUGACCCCGACCCUCUCUCGAGGCUGUUGUCCACACAGACUGAGGAGCCCCAAGGCCCCGUUGUCAAGAUGCCGGGUCAGCGGGCGCGGAGCUUCCCCCUGUCCAGGACCCAGUCCUGGGAGAUGAAGCCGCUGGAUGAGAAGACCAGCAGGCUCUACUCCAUCAGCAGCCAAGUGUCAUCGGCGGUCAUGAAGUCCCUACUGUGCCUUCCAUCUUCCAUCUCCUGGGGCCAGGCUCCCUGCAGCCCCAAGGAAGGGGGUUCUCCCACGUUGUUGGCUGGGGACGCCCCAGCUGUGAACAGUUCUGCAGAAGCUCCUGCCUCGGACACAGGCUUCUCGCUCAACCUUUCAGAGCUGAGAGAGUACACAGAGGGGCUCGGGGAGCCCACAGAAGCUGACAGCUGGGACCACAGCUCCCCUCAGUCUGGCCAAUCGGUCAUCUCCCUGCUGAGCUCCGAGGAAUUAAAGAAGCUCAUCGAGGAAGUGAAGGUUCUAGAUGAAGCGACGUUAAAGCAAUUAGACAGCAUCCACGUCACCAUCUUGCAUAAGGAGGAAGGGGCUGGCCUUGGGUUCAGCCUGGCAGGAGGAGCGGAUCUAGAGAACAAAGUGAUCACGGUCCACAGAGUGUUCCCCAACGGGUUGGCCUCCCAGGAGGGAACUAUUCAGAAGGGCAAUGAGGUUCUAUCCAUCAACGGCAAGUCCCUCAAAGGGGCCACACACAAUGACGCCCUGGCCAUUCUCCGCCAAGCUCGGGACCCCAGGCAAGCCGUGAUUGUCACCCGGAAGCCGGCUCUGGAGGCCACACCUGAACUGAACUCCUCCACGGAUUCCUCAGCCUCAGCCUCUGUGGCCAGCGAGGUUUCUGUAGAUUCCACAGAGGCCACGGUGCACACGGUGACGCUGCAGAAGACCUCUGCGGGGCUGGGCUUCAGCCUGGAAGGCGGGAAGGGCUCCCUGCUCGGGGACAAGCCUCUCACCGUGAACAGGAUUUUCAAAGGGGCAGCCUCGGAGCAGAGCGAGACAAUCGAGCCAGGAGAUGAAAUCUUACACUUGGCGGGCACGGCCAUGCAGGGCCUCACGCGGUUUGAAGCCUGGAACAUCAUCAAGACGUUGCCUGACGGACCUGUCACGAUUGUCAUCAGGAGGAAAAGCCUGCAGGCCAAGGGGACCACGGCAGCCGGAGACCCCUAGGCGAAGCACCGGUGCCAAAGCCAGUAACACCUAGCUCCUCACAGCCUCGAAUUCUCAGGGUCGCUGCUAAUCCCCGCCCGGAUGGGGAAAAGCAGAGAUGUGCUUCCUGGUGGCCGCUGCCCUGGUCCAGACCUUCUGGGAUGCCACCCAGCCAAGAGGGUUGUCCCCAAAGGAAAAGAGAGUCACACCAGGGUGGCCAAUACAGACUAUGUCUACAGAGCGUAAUGAUAAUACUGUGGUGCUGUAAAUAAAACAGAUAUGUUAUAGUUUGGUAUGAGAUCCAUGUCCUGCUUUGCGGAUUUUCCAAGUCCUCUAACGGUGUAAUGAUUCACACCCCAGAGAGCAUUCGCUUUUCUCACGAAUCUGCCAUGUGGGCAGGCUCGGAGGGGACAGGCCAUGCUGCUUUCCUGGGCAUCCGCCCGAGCAACUCAGAGGCUGGGCGCUGCAAGCACCCAGAGGGUCAUUCUCUCACACCUCUGGCAGCUGAUGUUGGCUGUUGGCUGGGAACUGAGCUGGGGCCGUCAGCCCAGACACUCCCAGGGGGCCUCGCCCCGGGCCUGGGCCUCCUCACAACAUGGCGGCUGGGUGCAAGGGUGAGAGCCAGGUAGAAGGUGUGUCCUU